AAAAUGUCAACAUCAUCAGCCGGAAGUGACAAGUGACAUUUUAACUUUUAGUUUCUUGGCAUUUUUUUGCGAUAUAAGAUUUUAAUUUUUUUUAUUGUAAUAUAUGACGUCAUUAUCAACUAAAAAAAAUGCGAAAAAUGUUAUUUCUCAAAAGUCAAAAUUAAUGUCAAAGUCAAACAUCAAACAUUAUUUUGCUGUUUGGAUUUUGUAUUUUGUUGCAGUGAUUAUUUUGACCUAUACUCUAAUUGAUUUAUGUUGGUUUACAAAUUAACCACAUAAAUGAAAAAAUAAACAAAUAUAGCAUAUGUAUGUACAUGCAUCUGUUAUGCCCUACUGACACUAUUUCACUACCCUUGAAUAGAGUACAAAUAAAGUGAUUUAAAUAGUUGAAAAUGCCUUGGAUUUCUUAUCUAGAAGGUGGACCUAAGAGGGUGAACCAUGCCGCGGUGGCCGUAGGACAUAAAAUAUAUUCUUUUGGCGGUUACUGCACUGGAGAAAAUUCUAGGGAGUACACUUCAAUGGAUGUGCAUGUAUUAAAUACAACAACUUUUCGAUGGAUACAACAUCCUGUUAGUGACUUACCAUAUUUUGAAAAUGAUGACAUUUUGCCUUAUAAAAGAUAUGGCCAUACAGCAGUGGUAUAUGGUGAUAAAGUAUAUAUAUGGGGUGGUAGGAAUGACAGGGCUUCUUGUUCAACUUUAUUUUGUUUUGAUACAAUUUGGCAUUGCUGGACAGCACCUAAAACCACUGGAAAUAUCCCACCGGCUAGAGAUGGUCAUUCAGCCUGUAUAUGGAAGAACAUUAUGAUUAUUUUUGGUGGUUAUGAGGAAGAUUCAGACGCCUUUGCUAGAUCUGUCUAUUACUUGGAUUUAGAUAAAAUGCAUUGGACCUAUGUUCACAUCUUGGGCCCAGAACCGUCUUUAAGAGAUUUCCACACAACGGUUGUCAUUCGCGACCGUAUGUAUUUAUUCGGUGGUAGGGGGACAUUGUUCAGUAUAGGCCGAUCCGAAAUACUAUACUGCAACGAAUUGUGGUAUUUAGAUCUGAAUUCAUGGAUGUGGUAUAACGUUAAAGUUAGUGGAGAUGUACCAGUCGGGAGAAGAAGUCAUUCUGCUUUUGUUUAUGAUGAUAAAAUGUACAUAUUCGGCGGUUAUAAUUCAACGAGAGAGGAACAUUACAAUCAUAUGUACGAAUUCAACCCCAAGUUGAGUAUGUGGAGGAAAUUGGAUAUCGUCGGAAAAAGGCCUUGUCGAAGAAGACGACAGGCGUGCGUUGUAGUAGGAGACAGGAUGUUUAUUUUUGGAGGCACAAGCCCCCAUCCAUCGGCCUCGUUGAAUAUAUCAAACAGAAACAUAGAUGACAAAUUAAUAGACCACAGCGAUAUGUAUGUAUUGGAUUUCAAACCGACAUUGAAAACCUUAUGCAUUUUGGCUGUUUGGAAAUACCAUUUAGAUGAAUCUUCUCUACCUUCUAAUAUUAAGUCCGACAUAAGGAAUAUGUACUGCCCGAAUAAAAUAUCUUUGACUAGACCAUGUAAUUCGGCCGGAUAAGAAAACAAAAAUGGAGA